GCCUUCCAGCCCCCGCCGAAGCCGGUCAUCCCCGACCAGCGCCCGGUCGUGCGCUCCGGGCGGAGGUUCUUGAGUCCCGAAUUCAUUCCUCCCAGAGGAAGAACAAAUCCGCUGAAAUUUCAAAUAGAGAGAAAAGACAUGCUGGAAAGGAGGAAGGUGCUACACAUCCCGGAGUUCUACGUGGGAAGCAUCCUUCGUGUCACCUCCGCAGACCGAUACGCCAGUGGGAAGAUCAGCAAGUUUCUGGGCAUCUGCAUCCAGCGAUCCGGGAAGGGCCUGGGAGCUACGUUUAUCCUCAGGAAUAUUAUUGAAGGACAAGGUGUUGAGAUUUGCUUUCAGCUCUAUAAUCCUCGGAUUCAGGAGAUCCAGGUCGUGAAGUUGGAGAAGCGGCUGGACAGCAGCUUGCUGUACCUGAGGGACGCGCUGCCCGAGUACAGCACCUUCGACGUGGACAUGAAGCCCGUGGAGCACGAUCCCAGCGGGGAGGUCCCCGUGAACACGUUGAAAGUGAAGAUGAAACCCAAGCCUUGGUCCAAACGCUGGGAGCGCCCGCAGUUCAACGUCCAGGGCAUCCGGUUUGACCUGUGCUUAACUGAAGAGCAGCUCAAAGAGGCUCAGAAGUGGAGUCGGCCGUGGCUCGAGUUCGAUAUGAUGAGGGAAUACGAUACUUCAAAGAUCGAGGCUGCGAUAUGGAAAGAAAUCGAAGCCUCGAACAAGUCCUGA